CAGUGAAUCAGUAACCAAGGACCAUGUGACCACUGCUCAGAGAGACCUGAACAGGAAGAUUAUCCUGGCGAAUUGAAGGAAUACAACCUCCCUAGAUGGUGAAACUGGGACUGAGGAAGUAUUGAUCCCAAAGUGUCAUUCCCGAAAAAAUUAAAAUCUCACACAUUCAGGAGAAAUCCACAGAGAUAUUGCCAAGGAAGUCAAAAUCUUGAAAGCUCCACUGAACAGAAAGAGAAGACUCAGAAGGCCACUGGGAUGCUCUAAGCAAGAGAAAAUGAGGAGAAAGACGAGAAGCUUCAAACACAAGACAGUUAAAGACAAUAAGACACUUCCAGAAGCGAGUGACCAAGAAUCUGAAAAAGAUGGUAGUCAGUGCUCUGAGCCUGCAACCACCAACAGAAUUCAGGCUGCAAAGAGACAGUAUGUAUGUACUGAGUGUGGGAGAGCCUUUAGUCAGAGUGCAAACCUUACAGUGCAUGAGCGAAUCCACACAGGAGAGAAACCCUACAAGUGUAAGGAAUGUGGAAAAGCCUUCAGUCACAGCUCCAACCUUGUUGUCCAUCGGCGAAUCCACACUGGACUGAAGCCCUACACGUGCGGUGAAUGUGGGAAAUCUUUCAGUGGUAAGUCCCACCUCAUUCGCCACCAGGGAACCCACAGUGGGGAGAAGACUUAUGAAUGUAAGGAGUGUGGGAGAGCUUUUAGCCGGAGUUCAGGUCUCAUUUCACAUCACAGAGUUCACACUGGGGAGAAGCCCUACACGUGCAUCCAGUGCGGGAAAGCCUUUAGCCGUAGCUCAAACCUCACUCAACAUGAGAGAAUGCACAAAGGGAAAAAAGUCUACAAAUGUAAGGAGUGUGGGAAAACAUGUGUGUCUGAUACAAAGGUCAUGGACCAUCAGAGAAUUCACACAGGGGAGAAGUCUUAUGAAUGUGAUGAGUGUGGAAAAGCUUUCAUCUUAAGGAAGACCCUUCAUGAACAUCAGAGACUUCAUCGAAGAGAGAAACCUUACAAGUGUAACGAGUGUGGGAAAGCUUUUACUUCCAAUCGAAACCUGAUUGAUCAUCGGAGAGUUCACACUGGAGAGAAACCCUAUAAAUGUAAUGAAUGUGGAAAAACCUUCAGGCAGACUUCUCAAGUUAUUCUACAUUUGAGAACCCACACCAAGGAGAAGCCUUAUAAAUGCAGUGAGUGUGGGAAAGCCUAUCGUUAUAGCUCACAACUUAUUCAGCACGAGAGAAAACAUACUGAGGAGACAGAAACCUCCUAA